CUUCUCUCUAUUCUCUUUUACUUUCUCUCUCUUACUUUAUUUUUAAUUUUUUUUGGGUUGUCUCUUUUCUCUACUGUCUUUGCUGGGUCACUGGGCCUGCAAACUCAGCAAACACAGCUGGGUCAUUAUUAAAUCUUCCUCAACCAGCAACUUCAACUUCAACUUCAACUUCAACCCCCGUAACGGCUCCAUAACCAUAACCCCCCCUCUCCUCUCUCCAUUGUUCUCUUAUAUCUCCUUUUGUUUUGUUUUCCUUGGUAGUAGCUUUGUCUUUGCACACCCACACCAAUGGCUAAAGCUGCUGAAGAUGCUGAGUUCGACAAGGAGAAUCACAAGAUUGGCGUCGAUGCUGAGUUGGACGCCGCGUUCGGCUUCCCUUCUGAGUUCCCCUUCGAGUUUGACUCGUUCGGGACAGAAACCGAGAGCAGCGACGAGGAGGAUUUCUUCGCCGGCCUUACUCGCCGGCUGAGUCAAGCUUCGCUACUUAACGAAACUCGGAAGCAGCAACUCACUGUACCCAUCUUAAACAGCGACAAAGCUGAGAGCCAGAAGACUCUGGGUUUAACUGGGUCUCCUCAGUCCACGCUGAGCGGAAUCGGGAGCUGGUCUGUUCGGAGCGCCGGCUCCGGCGACGGAAGCCCUAACGGAUCUUCCAGGGUACCAUCGCCGACGCCUUUCUCCGCCGCGGACGACAACUGGGAUGUGAUAUACGCCGCCGCAGGACAGGUCGCGAGGUUGAAGAUGAACCGCGAUGCGUCCAAGUUCGAUUUUCAGAACAGAGGAUUACUGGGUGGUGGCGUUCUCCCACCACCCAUUGCGGCGGAGAAUCUCGCCGCUGCAUUGUUCGCGAACCAGAGUCUCUCUCAGGUUCAGUACCAGCGGUUGAGACAGGAGCAGGUGCUGAAGCAGCAGUGUGGUUCUGUUUGGGGAAGGCAAGGCAAGGCUAGCUGGUCAACUCAGCAGCAGCAGCAACAGCAACAACAACAGGUUCAGAACAGAGUGCGCGAGUUUGGGUAUGAGUAUGAGAGUGUGAAUUCAACGCGCCCUUUGCCUCAGUCUGCAUGGCACCACCCUCUCCAAGUUAAGCCCCAAAAUCAACAGAUACUACCUCAUGGCGGAUCCGGGUCGCGACCCGUUUCGCAAGGUGGAUCUGGUGUGAAAAGGGGAUGUGCUGGAACUGGGGUGUUCUUGCCUCGCCAAUAUGGGGCCCCUCCUCCUGAAUCUCGCAAGAAAACAAGUUGUGCCCCUGUUCUGCUCCCAGCAAAGGUUAUUCAUGCUCUGAACUUGAACAUUGAUGACCUCAAUGCCACUUGCCAUCCACGUUUCUCGAGUACUUUUGGCGUGGACUAUGAUGCAUUGUUGGCCAGGAGAAAUGCUCUUCUCAUGCAGCAGAAAUUAAGCGUGCGGCGAGAAGAGGCAGCAAACUAUGAAAUUCGCCUGCCUCAGGAAUGGACUUACUGACUUGAUAAUAGUUCAAAUAAGAUUUCAUUACCUCCAAGUAAAACCGCUCUGGAGGAGAAAUUAGUAAAGAUAUUAGGGUUGUGAUAGGGAACUUAUAAUUUAAAGUCGAGAUUCAUGGAAUGUGUUUGGCUAGCUAGUUAGUUACAAUAAAUCAUCCGGUUUUUGUGAGAGAUGCAGCUUUUGGAUCUAUUGUCAGUAGGAGAAACAGUGAAAGAUAGCAGUUUAGGGAAGGGUUUUAUCUUUUUUUACCUUGAUUAUUAAUAUUAUUGUUAAUUGUAAUAAGGUAAGGGUUGUUUUCUUCCAUGUUCAAGUCAAGCUAGCAAAAAGUGUUACGAAGAUUGCCCAUAACUCUUAUGUAAAAGCUCUUGCUUGUUCUAGAAUAGUAUGUAAUAAGUUAUACUUUAUGUAGUAAAGACAACUCUUUUAUGUAA